GGAGGAUGCCGCCGCCGCCACCCGCGGGACCCCGGCGAGCCUGACUCCAGACCGAGGAUGGAGCCGGCGCUGGGCGCUGCAGCAGCUCCCGGCGCUCCCGCCACCAGGUAGCUGCUGUGUGUGCUGCAUAUGGUUGGAAGAAGACCCCUGUCCCCAGCUGUUCCUUUGGAACGACCUUCUCGACCUGAAGGCCUGGGGUGAUCGGCCUGCAUCACAGGACCGGUUGAAUUCUAGAAGACCCCGUGCCUUGGAGCAGCAGCCCCAUGACGGUGCCCAGCCAUGCAAUGUUCCUGGAAGGCUGUCCUCCUCCUUGCCCUGGCCUCCAUUGCCAUCCAGUACACAGCCAUCCGCACGUUCACUGCCAAAUCUUUCCACACCUGCCCUGGGCUGACAGAGACUGGGCUAGCAGAGCGGCCCUGUGAGGAGGGCCCCACCUUCUCCUAUAACCUCUCCAGGAAGACCCAUGUGCUCAUCCUGGCCACCACACGCAGCGGCUCCUCCUUCGUGGGCCAGCUCUUCAACCAGCACAUGGACGUCUUCUACCUGUUUGAGCCCCUCUACCACGUCCAGAACACACUCAUUCCCCGCUUCACCCAGGGCAAGAGCCCCGCAGACCGCAGGGUCAUGCUGGGCGCCAGCCGGGACCUGCUGAGGAGCCUUUAUGACUGCGAUCUCUACUUUCUGGAGAAUUACAUCAAACCACCUCCCGUGAACCACACCACCGACAGGGUCUUCCGCCGAGGAGCCAGCAGGGUCCUCUGCUCCCGUCCAGUGUGCGACCCUCCAGGGUCCCCCGACCUGAUUCUGGAGGAAGGGGACUGCGUGCGCAAGUGCGGCCUGCUGAACCUGACCUUGGCAGCUGAGGCCUGUCGAGAGCGCAGCCAUGUGGCCAUCAAGACCGUGCGGGUGCCUGAAGUGAACGACUUGCGGGCCCUGGUGGAAGACCCCAGGUUGAACCUCAAGGUCAUCCAGCUGGUGAGAGACCCUCGUGGCAUCUUGGCUUCUCGGAGCGAGACCUUCCGGGACACCUACCGACUCUGGCGGCUUUGGUACGGCACGGGGAGGAAGCCCUACAACCUGGACGUGACACAGCUGACCACUGUGUGUGAGGAUUUCUCCAGCUCAGUGUCCACCGGCCUCAUGCGGCCCUCCUGGCUCAAGGGCAAGUACAUGCUGGUACGUUAUGAGGACCUGGCCAGAAACCCAAUGAAGAAGACAGAAGAGAUCUACGAAUUCCUAGGUAUCCCCCUAGAUGGUCAUGUGGCGCGCUGGAUCCAGAACAAUACGCGGGGCGACCCCACUUUGGGCAAGCACAAAUUUGGCACGGUGCGCAACUCUGCAGCCACGGCUGAGAAGUGGCGCUUCCGCCUCUCCUAUGACAUCGUGGCCUUUGCCCAGAACGCCUGCCAGCAGGUGCUGGCUCAGCUGGGCUACAAGAUGGCCAAGUCGGAAGAGGAGCUGAAGAACCCGGCCAUCAGCCUCGUGGAGGAGCGUGACUUCCGCCCAUUCUUGUGACCUGGGCAUGGCGGGCGUGGGAGGCAGGUGACGCUGGUUUUGCUGAUGUGGACCUUCUAUGGGCCGUUUUUUAACUGUUGCCUUAUCUCCCUCCUCCCUCUCCACCCCGCGUGUCUUUUUCAUGCCCUACCCAAUCUCCACCCUCCUCCCUCUCCCACUCUGUCUGUGUGUCCUUCCCAUGCCCUACCCGCUCCCCUUCCUUUUGUCCCUCCCACACCAGCUGUGUGUCCUUCCUGCUCUUGCCCGUUCCCCUUCCCCCUGCCCCUUUUUGCCCCUGAAAUUUGCACUAUGUCUCUGGAGGGGAAUCACUGGGGCAGAGGGCACGUGAUAUGGCUUAUGCCCCCCCACCCCGUUCAGACACAAGGACGUUGGGUCUCUAUUCGGAUGGGGCCAAUGUUUACAGGCACCCGCUCACACGUUCACGCGUGCGCAAAGGCACACGAGGAGAGGCGGCCCGGCACACAACUUCUAGUUUUUGCAAUUGUCUCCUCAAGGUAGGAGGAUGGACACAAAGGGACCACCUCUCCCAGGUUAGGGAAAGGGCCCGCCCCUCCCCAUCCCUGCUCCCCCGCCCUAGACAGGCGCUCCCUCCUCUGGAGCAGGGCACCUGUCCCUCCUGCGCACCCUUGCCUGGUGGUGAGCAGGGUUUUACUGUGAGGUGAACUGGGACUACUUUCUUUCUGUUUGGUUUGUGGUGAGCUUGUCUGUCUGAGUCUUGUGGCUAACCCUGGAUGGCUAAUGAAUCUUAGACGUUUCCGAUUGAUCUUGGGGUCCCUCUGUGAUAUUUCUUUGUGCCAAAAAAAAAAAAAAAAAAGACAAAAAAUGUGGAUCAGUUUGCUAAAUGAAAAUUGAAAUGCUUUGUGUUUUCUGUAAAUAAAAAUGUGCAGUACUGUCUGAGUGUGAUUUGGGGGACCUUCUGAAUGAUAGACAAUGGGCUCUGGAUAUUUCUGGCUUUGGAGACAAGAUAAAGAAGGAAUAGUGGGAAUGAAAUGGACAAACCUGCAAUUCAGAACUAUAUUAAAAAAAAAAACCUAGAAUAUCCUUUUAAAAUUCUUUAUAAAUGAUCUAUCUUGAUAUGAUCUACAACUUCCCCUCCCACUUCACCCGGGAACCUCCAACUGUCUCUUUCUAAUCCUUCUAGCUCCCACCUUCCAGAUCUUUGGCCACCCUCCAUACUUGCUUGGGGCUUUCAAUUUUGUUCCCUUCUUAUUGGCUGAGAUGGAUGGUACCUUCCCGCCACGGUGCUCAAAGUAUUUAACGAGAGCUGUGGCUUUGGGAUUCAGCAUGAGGUAAGAAUCUGGCCCGGAGACCCCCAUCCUGCUGUACCAGGGCUUCCUCCUUUAGUUAGGGGGUCUGGGGCCAGGGAAGCAGGGGAGAAGGGGCAUCCUACAUGCAGGUGGCUCGGGGCAGGGGCUGCUCCUCAAGCUGCCUGGAAACAGUUCGGUGUCUAAGGAGUCCGCUGAGUUUCCUGGUAUACACAGCAGUGGGGUGUGUGUUGUGCUUACUCACCAUCUUUCCCUGGCCAGCUAGCAGGCUCUUCUGAGAAGCUCCCCCAGUCCUCACCCCAAGAAACAUACAUAACAUGAAAGUUACUAAAAAAAAAAUUAAAUGGUAUGUUUUUACCAUGAUUUAAGAACUAAAAAGAAACUGGCUCCUCUGAUGGGUUAGAGCACGUGGCCCAGGAGUGAAUCCCUUCUCCCAGCAGAAAUUGGUCCCAAGCUGACAUCUCUAAGCUCCAGUUACAUAACAGAAAAUUUACCAUGAAAAUUUAAACCUUGAACUCCAGUCAUUUGCCGCCAUCAUCGUCAUUUUCUGUAUAUGGAGUUUUGGCUGCCUGUAUGUCUGGGCACUAUGUGCAUGCCUGGUACAUGUGGAAGCCAAAACUUGGAUCCCCUGGAUCUGGAGUUACAGUUAGUUGUGAGCCUCCAUGUGAGCACUGGGAAUUAAACCUUGGUCCUCUGGAAGAACAGUCAGUGCUUUUAACCACCGACUCAUCUCUCCAGCUUCCUUCUUCAGAACUGUUUUGAAGAGUACACCUCAUUAAAUACUCUAGAGUGUGCCAUCAUGCCCACCACCCUCCUCCAAAACUUUUCAUCUGGUAAAACUCAAAGUCUGUUCCUUCAAAACAACCCACUCCCAUCUCUCCCACAGCCCCUGGCAACCAUCUCACUUUCAUCUGUAUGUUUCUGACUAGUGUGAUGAUGCUAUCUAUAUAAAUGGA